AUGAAUUCGACCGCGGUGAAUGCGAAUCGGCAGACGCGCGCGAUGCCCGAGAGCUCGGGGGCGAGCGAUCGGGGUCGGGGACGAUCCCGUUCGCCCUCCCCGGGGCCCGCCGAUCGCGCGUUCGUCAAAGUCAAGGUUGCGCGCGACGAGACGCUUCGUGAAUUCGCCAAGCGUACGAACACGAGGGCCGAGGUGAUCCUUCUCCUGAAUCCUCACGCCAACGCGUCCGCGCUCACGGCUGGGAUGGUUCUGGACGUUCCGGCGAAGGGUAAUAUUAGACACGCGUCCAAGACGGCGGAGCACGCGAGAACGAGCGUCGAUCGAUGGGAGAGAAGGAGUCAAGCGCCUCGCGAGAAGGAGUCGAGCGGAAAGACAUCCACGGGACGAGCGAGGGACCAGAGCGAGAAUAGCGUCUGGCACUCGUUCAGCGGACAACUCUACGAGAAGAGCUAUCCGACACUCGAUCGCACGAGCAAGGAACUCACGGCGGAGGUGAAGAGGAAGGUUAAGGAGUUUGGUGACGUCGUGAGUGGCGACCGAGUCGUCCCGCUCGCGGGAGACCUCGUUGGGAAGUCGCGCGAGCGUCUUAGCGCAUGGCGAUUGAAGAUGAUGUCAGUUAUCGUCAGUACAACGGAAGAUGCGGCGGAGAAUAUCCAGGGGAGAUCGCGAAAGGCGACUGAUACCGAGAAGAACGCGUCGGCGGGAAAGAAGAAAAUCUCUGUCGAGAAAGAACACAAGGCCAAGGCGGUGGCUGCAGCGCGUGAGAAGGAACAAAAGGAGAAAGCCGCGGCGCGUGAGAAGGAGCAAAAGGAGAAAGCUGCGGCGCGUGAGAAGGAGCAAAAGGCGAAGGCUGCGGCUGCUCGUGAGAAGGCGCGAGAGAAGGAGCGACAAGACAAGGUGACUGCCACUGCUGCUCGCGAGAAGGAGAAGAACGACAAAGUUACCGCUGCUGCCGCCGCUACCGCCGCCGCAGUCGCGGCCGCCCGCAAACAGGAGAAGAAAGAUAAGGCUGCAGCGAAAUCAAAUAAGUCGAACGGCGUGUUGGCGGACGAAACGCACAAGGAGCUCGCGUGGACCUUGUUCUUCACCGCCGCGUUGGGUGUGCUCGGCCACGGCUUGAAACUGAUUGGUGAGAAAUAUCACAUCGGCGAGGGCGAGGGUGAAGGCGUCAAAGAGUGGCACCCGAAGAUGAUUUUGGAGUGGAUGCGGACUCGACUGGUGUUCACCAAAUGCCGCGGCGCGAGCGUAUGCCUCACGGUGAGAGACAAGGAUGCGGAUCCUGACGCCCCGAUGAAGCCCAUGAGCAAAGUCGGUUUGACGCGAAACUACUUUUACAGCACGAAUUUCGCCGAACAAGCCAAGCCGGUCGAAAAGGCGCUCGUGAAACGCGUGGAAAAAACCAAGGCGCAAGUGCAGUCGUUUGUGGAAGGGAUGAAGAUUCGUAGAAUCGACGAGCUCACGCGCGUGUAUUUCGCACUCGACGAACAACUCGCUCGAGGUGAGUUUGAGAGUGCUGAAGAGCGCGCUAAGGCGCUCGAGAAGCUCAAGGAGUGCAAGGAGCGCUUGGCAGAGGCUCAAGGUUUGCUCACGAUUUGGGUUGAUCAGUCGGUGAACGAGACGUACGAGAAAAACCUAAAGCGCAAGGUUCUCGCGGCUUGGGUGGAAUUGCUCAGCGAGCGAUACAACCGAUUGCGCGUCAUGUCCAAGGUCUACGUCCGCUGGCAGCACAUCGAGCUCUCGCAGGCGUUUAAUCAGUGGUACGAGAACGCGCACGAGGCAAAGGUGGCGAGAUACAGGAAAGAGGGAAUGCAGCUUCAAGAGAAACUCAAGCUCGAGCGACAGCGCAUGGAGAACAAACGCGUAACCAGGGAGGAAAGCAAAAUGAAGUGGGCCAUAGACUCAGCUGACAUGAACGAGGUAAAACGUAGUGCGUUCGAAGAACGCCUGGCGGCGGCGGCCGCCGACUCGAAGAUGAGCGGCGAUGCCUAG